AAAAUUUGAUUAAUGCUCACAUCAUUUAAAUUCGCAAAUCAGGAACCCAAACCUAAAUACAAAAUCUGACUGAAAUCAGAGUCUUUCAUGUCAGUACAUAAUAGUUGCAUUUCAUACAAAGAUACCGAGCCAUUUAUUUUCAUCCAUUUGCAUUCAUUUGUACCGAGCUAUUUGGGACUUUGAUGACAUUGAAUCACUGACAGCAUGCAACGUAACGAAAUUAAAAACCUGUCGAUCACGCAGUCACCCUCUAGUCUUGGAAGGGUGUUCUAUUUGCUUUUCAUGUUGAUCGUUCUCGCUUUGGACCAAGCCGUGUGGUAAAAAAGAGCACCAAGGAAAUGAGGGAAAAAUUUCCCAUCGGCUGAUAAUUUGACGCUCUACAACCAGAUACUGUGACUACCUGUAACUAUGGCAACGAAAGGAUGAUUGACACAUGGCUACUGCUAAUUUUGACGACCCCCUUGAGUUUCCGAGAGACGGUCUGCCCUUGCCGUUUGAAGGCUGCUUCGAUGCUGUGGUCAUACCACAGGAACCCCAAGCUUCAGGAUCAGCCGUAACAACGACAGUGUUGGCGCGACCCCCUGAGAAUGGAGUGUCUUUUCAGAUCCCGAUACUGCCGGAGCCUGCGCCAGAGACACACAUCGUGCUCGCCUUUAUGACUUCAUUCUUCUGCGCAUGCCCUUGUGGUAUGAUGUCACUAUGUCACGCAAUACAGGUGAAACCUGACAUCCGUCGAGGAAAUGUGAUCGGUGCAGAGUACAAUUCCCGCCAAGCCUGGAAAUGGGGAAUGGCUUCCGUCACGCUUGGCUCUGUCGUCAUUUGCAUUGUGCUAUUCUACUUCCUUUUAAAGAUGGCGACCCGUGUCAUGUGACUAAACACAAGGCGACUUGCGCUAGCAGGUCAAGACACUUUUGGGUGGCAAACCCGGGCGCUUUUUGCAGCAAAAUAACAAAUAACAAUAAAACGGAACCUGUUAAACGCUUAAGUAUUAGCAAUAUAAGCAAGAAAGCUUAUUUGUCAAAAAAAUGGUUUCAACUUGC